UUCAUCCAUCCGUUGGUUCGUUUUUUCUAUUUUUUCUUUUUUUGCGAGAUAAGGAUGCAGCAUAUAUUAAACGGGAAAAAACAGCACAGUACAUCCAAAUCUUACAGCCAGGACCCUGAAGAUAAACGAAAUUACAAACCAGUCCAGACUGAUGCAACUGUUCAUCUUCCUCAUCUCACCAGAACGCCGGCACUUCUCCGCCAUCCGUUGGUUCGUUUGAUCAGAGCAGGUGCAGUGCAGGCACGCAAGCAUGCAUCGACUUUGCUAGCGCCUAGCGGCGGUCUCGUCUGCAGCAAGUUUCCCCAUCCCGGCCAGGAAACAAAUGAAAAGCAAGCAGCAAGUCCAUUGCUUGCGAUCCGCAUCAUGAGUAAGCAAAGCACAUGGCACCCACCAACCAGGAGGCAUCAUUAUUCUUCACCAUCUCCCACAUCAUAAAGAGGACGAGAGUAGGAAGAAGAAGCAGAGCAGACCAGACUAGGCUGCUUCCACACACUGACACGCAUGCACCUGCAGAAGCAGCUGCCCCCACGCCGCGGCGAAGCCCCCGCCCCCGCCGCCGUGCCACCGGGCCACUACGCGGCCGCGGGUCAGCCCUUCUUCAGGCCGCCGCCCCCGAGUGACCCACCGGGGGCGGGGCACAACCGCGCGCCACCGCCGGAGCGCCCCUCGCCCAGGCCGCCCUAUGCAGAGCGCCCCCUGCCGAGGUCGUCCUCCGACCACCCCGCGCCCACCGCGCCCGGCAGGGGGCCUCCGCAGCACGCGUACCCGGCAGCAGCAGAGCACCCCCUGCGGCGGCCCACCAGGAAGAGGUCGUCCUCCGCGCUGGCGUCGUGCCUGGCCGCGACGGCGUUCCUGGUGCUGUCGGCGGGCGGCGCGGGCGCGGCGCUGUUCCUGCUGUUCCGGCCGCGGCCCCCCGACAUCGCGGUGGCGGCGGUGCGCCUGCCCUCCUUCGCCGCCGCCAACGGCACCGUCGCCUUCACCUUCCAGCAGACGGCGUCGGUGCGCAACCCCAACCGCUCCCCGCUCGCGCACUUCCACAGCUCGCUCCGCGUCGCCUACGCCGGCGGGGAGCUCGGCUCCGUCUACAUCCCAGCGGGCCUCAUCGACGGGGGGCGCACCAAGGACAUGUCCGCAACCUUCGACGUCCCGGCCAUCCCCGUCGCACAGCAGCAGCAGCAGCAGCAGCCGCAGCCGGUGGCCAUCGAGGUGGAGUCGCUGCUGGUUGUCAAUGGAAGGGUGAAGAUGCUGCGCUUGCUCACGCACCGGGUGCAGGCGGCCAAGGUCUGCCGCGUCGCCCUCUCGCCCCUCGACGGCAGGGUGCUCGGAUUCCGAUGCUGAUUGCUGACUACACUUGCCUUCUGUCAUUACCUCUCUCUUCAUCGUCGCCAUGGCUUCGGAUUCUGAUCCAAUCGAAUCAACACCAAGUCAAAUUAUUAGUAUUUAUUAGUAGUGGAUUGGAAAUGGAAUGUGUAAAUGCUUGUUUGCUUAUUAUAUAUACAGUAUAUCAGUGUGAAUGAAUUCUAGCUAGAUUUUCUUUU